AAGAAAAAAGUGUACGAGGAAAUCAUGAAUGAAAUGAAAUAACAGUAUCAUUCAUAAAUAUUUACUCACGUGCUACUUUUUUUAUUUCAUUGAAACACGUGAAAGAAUUGAAGAAACGAUCCACUUUUCAUUGUAAUAAUUAUUGAAACAUUUCAAUUAUUUUAUAAAAAACAAUUAUAUAUAUAAAAUCGCAAGAAUAUUGAUACUCUUACAAAAAUUGGAUUUUUUUUUUUUUUUACUUAACAAAAAUUCUUUCUUCUACAUUUAAAAAAUAGAGAAGCAUCGAAUUCACAGAUUCAUUCAAAAUCCAUUAUAUCCAAAGUAUCCAGAAGUGUAUAAUAAAAAGGGGGAUCGCGAAUUUAUAACGAUGAUUCCGUCGAUCCAUGCUCGAAAGUGUUUUCUAAAAUGAGAGAACGUGCUAACAGCUUUAUUCGCUUCGAUAUUUUGACACAGAUGCAAACACACCGCGAUCGGUGAUGUAUUUGCACUCGGUGUGUGUUUUAACAAUUCGAUGAAAGAGAGAAAUGGGGAGAGCAGAACGGGAAACGCUUUAUCCGAGUUUUCGCUCGAGUUCUCGCAUCUUGGAAAUUUUUUUAUCCUCGAAUAUAUAUCUAUUCUUCUCGUAUCUUUUUUAAACCAUCCCUUUUAUUUCAUUUUUUCUAAUUCUUACAUUUCUUUUUCUUUUGUUAUUAUUUCAGAUUUUUUUAUUAAUGAUGAAUUAAAGGACACCAUGAUUUGAUCUCGAUGUGUGUUAUCAAGGAUGAGAUCUUGAAAAUUCGUAAUUGAUCUUAAUUGUAUUUUGUAUCGUAAAAUAAUAUUUGAUCUGAUCGAUCAUCAAGUAAGAAGAUUUAGAUAAUAACAAAUAAUUUAUUAAUUAUUGGACAAUCUUCAAAAUUCGUAUUGGAGAUAAUUAGAUAAUUUUAAAUCGUUUGUCGAGGAAUUAUUUAUUGGAGUAAAUGGUUUGGAAAUUGUUAAAAAAUAAGGAAUGAUGAGUCAGAGGAAUUUGUUAGUACAUAAAUAAUACGUAAAUAACUCCAUAAUUCCAUAAUGGUAUUUGAGGAUAGAAGAGAACGAGAGGUGUACAACCUCAAGAUAUAAUGCGAUCAACGAUGUAUAAUUGGAUUUGCGACUAACGAUGGUUCAGUAAGGAAGAUUUGAUCAGAGGACGAGGUUUAAUCCUCAGCUCGUUUCUCGCAUACUGUUAACAAUUAUCUUGUUAACAGUUGUUAAAUCAAUAUCUAGGAAAAUGUGAUUUCAUUAAAUUAUAAAUAUUCAAAUUGAUCCAUAAUUUUGAUAGAAUGCAAAUAGAUUUUGCGAACAAUAAUGAGGAUUUCAAUGGAGCCAAAAACAAAGCAAUCAAAAUAUAAAACGAAAUGUAUAACUGUAAAAAAUGCGAAACAAUAUUUAUAUUUUUGAAUCCGCAAGUAUUCAAUAAAUCAAAAAUGAUUAUAAAAUCUUAAUAAUAAUUAGUGUAAAAAUACUCCAUCGUAAGUGACAAGACUUGGAAUUAUUCAAAAUAAUUACAUAUCCCAUGUACCAAAUCAAUAAUGGAAAGAAAUUUUCGAAAUGAAUACAGUCCUAAAAUGCAACGCAAUUUCGGAACAAGACAUUCUGAAAGAAACGAGAUAUAUAGAUACACGUGAAAAACUCUCUUUCAUCUUUCAUAUUUCUAAGAAAAUUUCGUGGAAUACGAAAUGGAAUCGCGUCGAAUUUUCAUCAAACUCUGAAUAAAAGAAGGUUCAAGAAAUUCGGAACUCGAUGAAACUAUUUCUGAGUCGCACGUGCCAUCGUGUUAUACCGUGCGGAUCAUUACGACGUAUCCCUGACUUUGAAUUCGUUAUCCGACGGGUAUACAACGCUUUAAUUUUUCAUCGGUAACGAAAUCAAGGCCGUGUGUUGGCCGGUCGAUAAUCUGGAAAAACGUGGCGAAAAUGGUGUUCCCUUCGCGUCUUCUUCGCGUUGUGCAAUAAGAGGGUCGAAACGAAGGAUCGACUUUCGAAAGGCGGUGGUGCCCCCUACCUCGAGGAAUUUGUUUUUCAACUCGUUGGCAAAACGAUCGAUCGAUUUUCAGGGUAUUUUUAAUUUAGAGAAACGUGGUAUGGCGUGUGAGGGAUUAUGGCAGGUAAUAAUGGCAGUGAUUAGGCUUAUUUGAUUUUAUCGUGUGAUAUAAUUUUUUUCCAUAUUUUUCCAAGAGACAGAGUAAGAGAGAAAGAUAUAUAUAUUCUUAUCUUUCUGAUGAUUGAUUUUUUAGUUUAACGUUGUUGGUUUGGAUAGAAAUGAAAGAAUAGUGAGAUUGAUCGAUUUAAAAUUAUCGAUGAUUAAACAAAGUAUUAGAAGCAUAGAAAUAAUAGAAUUAAUUUCACAAUAUAAUACUUGAAAACUUAUAAUCCAAAUCUCAACUUCAUUAUUUAGUUUUUUUUUCUUAUCAGUUUCUUAAAAUCUCUAAUCUCAUGAACGUUACUUGCUACUUUUUAACAAUCAAAAUUCACGAACGUUCACGGGGAAAUCACAAAGCAAAACGUUUGAAAUUUGCAUAUGCUUAGCAUGUUAAACUGAUUCGUCAAAGUCAAUCACUUUGAAAUUGAUUUUUUUUUCAAAAUCCCUGAUUCUUCACGAAUGAAUAAAAUUAAAUUUAUUUAUUGUUCCGCUGCUACUAUACUUACUUAAAGUUUGAGUUUACAUUAGAUAGACAGAGCUCCAACUACGCUUAAUACGUUAAUAUAAUCCCAAUAACGAUAUUUAAUCCAAUUUUUAUGCUUGUUUUAAUCGAAUACGAAUUUCGACAAUUUGCAUUGUGCCAAAAAUGGCGAACGAAAUUUCAUCCAUCUUCUCGAAUGCACACACGCUAUAUCUCUCUCUAAAUAGAUCACGAUAGAUAAAAGAUGUAACGUGUCUAUAUUAAGCCAAAACAACGUUUCACUGUCGCGGGAAUCCUAAGCUGAGAAACUUUAAAGAGGGAGGAAGAAAGAGAAUCGGCGUUAAAUUAAUCAAUUCCCGCCACGACGAAACGAAGCGUGGUGCACCGUUUGUUUACGUAACAACCCUAAUUGCGCAAGUUUAAUUCGAAACUUUCAUCGGUCGGUCCUCGUCCCUCUUGCGACAGAAACGAUUUCGUGUGCAACGAUGACGCCGUCGCGAAUCGAGAACCGAAUUACUCGACACUUAGCGUGGCUAUUUGCGAAACUGAAGUCAGUUUAUGAAUGGCGAGGUUGAGGUUUCUUCGAGUGAUUGAAGGGAACUCGAGGCAAGUCUGCGAGUAUCGUGAUAGUUGAUCGUGUGUCGUCGACUUUUUCUCGCGAACAAAUAUAUUUGAUUUUCCUUUUUUCCUUUUUUUUUAGGUGAAUAUAUAAGCAAGAUUUGAUCUGUAUCAAAAUUAUAGUUUGUAAGAAAAGAUGUGAUAAAUUUGUGUACGAAACGUUCAAUAACUUGUUAAAUUAAUUGAAAGGUUUCCUUGAUAACGAUCGAAACGUUAAGAUCGAGAUAUUAAAAAAAAAAAAAGCCUAAGACAUGAGAUAUCAUGAUAAAAUCGUUCCUUAAAUAUAUCUAUUAUUGCAAAUAUCAGAAAUUAUAAACUCGUCGACACGUUACAUGAUGAACAACUUGGUUGAAAAGCAAUGAUGGAUGACGAUACAAUCACGCCUCACCUUUGCCCUCGCCACCUUAAAUCCUUACGUCAAAUUUGUUCGUCGUGAAGUGGACGGUGUCCAGGAUGCAAAGAAUAGCGAAUACAGUUAUCCCGCUUCUGUCUUCGUAACGAAGAUGACAACGUUACUCGCGCUGUUGAACGGCCCUGACCUUACCAGAAGCAGGCAACGGAAGCACUCGGCCAAAAAUGUCGACGGUGGGGCCGUGAUUCGACGAUUUUGGUAGGAAGGAAGCCGAGGGACGCGAAGAAGUGGAGGAGAAGGAAGAAAUGGCGUCCACAAGCGGGCACAAGAGGAACGGCUCGAGUUCGAGCAUGUUCACCCAUAAGCGAACCGAGUCAGGCGGCGGUUUUAUCGGCCACAAACGUGCCGAGAGCAUAUCCAGUGCCUUUGGCCACAAACGAUCCGAGAGUGGCCACAAGAGGAACGAGAGCAGCGGAGGUGGUUUCGGCCACAAAAGGUCCGAAUCUGGUAGCAAUUAUCAUGCUGGGCAUCGAAGGAACGAAAGCAUGUAUGCUAUGACUGGUCUGUACGCUGAGAGCGCGACCACGGGAACCGAUGAGACCACAGACCCACUGCAAGCAACCGGUAGCAGACUGACUCAUGACACCGUCAUCAGGUGUCACAGUAGAAAUCCCAGUUCUGGCCUCGUGGACCAUAGAGAUUUUAUCAUCAAAUGUCACAGCAGGAAUCCCAGUGCUUCCAUGGUGGACAGGACAGAGAAAGAGAGAGCGCAAACCCCACCGUUUAAUCCGGAUUCGAAGGACUGUGGAAUCCUGAGCUGCAGGCCGGCUUUUAUACAAAGAUUCGCUGGAAUAAAGGUGUUUGUGUUCCUUCUAUCGUUUCUUGUCACAUUGCAACAAGCACUUAGUUCAGGUUACAUAAAUUCUGUGAUCACGACCAUAGAGAAAAGGUUCGAAAUCCCGUCCAGCCUUUCAGGCGUCAUUGCUAGCUCCUAUGAAAUUGGAAAUGUCAUCACUGUCAUCUUCGUCAGCUAUCUUGGUAGCCGAAGACAUAUACCUGUUUGGAUAGCGAUUGGCGCUGUCAUAAUGGGAUUGGGAUCGAUGAUCUUUAUGGUGCCACACUUCACAGCCGAGCCCAAUUUAAUGACGGCUGUGAAUAACUCUAGCUCAGACAACAUUUGUCGUGGAAUUUCGUUACGCAAACAAGACAUGGACUUGGGUCGCCUUUCAUCUGGAUUAUCAUCACCACCUUUAGCACCACACAACAAUUUAAGAGGUGAUAAUUGCAUUCAAGGAUCUCCAUCUACUGCUGGUCCUGUUAUGUUAUUUGUACUUGCUCAGUUACUAUUAGGCUGUGGUGGUUCUCCUUUAUUUACUCUUGGUACUACAUAUAUAGAUGAUCAUGUACGACCAGAAAGUGCUUCUUUGUAUAUUGGUUGCAUGUAUAGUAUGGCAGCUUUUGGACCAGUUUUAGGUUUUCUUCUUGGAGCUUAUCUAUUAUCAUUUCAUAUGGAUUCAUUUUCUGGAACAAUUAUCAGUAUAGAUCCAGGUGAUCACAGAUGGGUAGGCAUGUGGUGGGGUGGGUUUUUACUCUGUGGCUUACUCCUAAUUUUAGUGGCAAUUCCUUUCUUCAGUUUUCCAAAAACUUUACAACGAGAGAAAGAAAAAAUACGUAUCAUUGAAAAAAAUAAAUCAUCAUCGCAGAAAGAGAAAGAGCAAUGCAAAGAACCAAAAAAAGAAAAACUUGAUGAUAGUGGUUAUGGAAAAGAUGUGAAAGAUAUUCCUAGGAGUAUGUGGAGACUGGUAUGUAAUCCAGUAUAUGUAGUGACGUGUUUAGGAGCUUGCAUGGAAUUAGUGAUUGUUUCUGGAUUCGUGGUUUUCUUGCCAAAAUAUUUGGAGACACAGUUCAGCCUAGGAAAGAGUCAAGCUAGUGUAUUCACCGGCUCUAUAGCGAUACCAGGUGCCUGCAUUGGAAUCUUUUUUGGCGGAUGUUUGCUCAAACGUUUAGAAUUAAGACCGAAAGGUGCGGUUCAGUUCGUUCUUGUCUCGAACAUGAUAUGCCUGGUGUGCUAUGGUCUCCUUUUUUUCCUCGGUUGUGACAAUGUAAAAAUGGCUGGGACCACUAUACCAUAUUUUAACAGCAGUACAAAGGGUCCUGAACCCUUUCAAGUAAAUCUCACUGCCGCAUGUAAUUUCGGUUGCGAAUGCCGAAUGACAGAUGUGGAACCAGUCUGUGGAAACAACGGUCUCACAUAUUUUAGUCCUUGUCAUGCAGGUUGCACUGCCUUCAGUUCUAAAUCAAAUUUCACUAAUUGUGCAUGUAUACACGGAAAUUUAACAACGAUACCUCCAGUAGCACCAGAAUUUGCAGAGGUAACGGUAGUACCAGUAGCUACUGCGGGUCCGUGCACUUCGCCAUGUAGGACUAUAUUUCCAUUUUUAAUUUUACUUUUUUUUAUGACAUUUAUUGUUGCCAUCACUCAAAUGCCUCUAUUAAUGAUAGUAUUACGAUCAGUCUCAGAAGAGGAAAGAUCGUUUGCUUUAGGCAUGCAAUUUGUAAUCUUUCGACUAUUCGGUUAUAUACCUGCUCCUAUUUUAUUUGGUAAUUUAAUUGACUCUACAUGCUUACUUUGGAAAAGCACUUGUGGAGAAAAAGGUGGAAGAUGUUUACUUUAUGACAUUGAACAAUUUAGAUACAGAUAUGUUGGACUUUGCGCUGGCAUUAAGAUUUUAGCUUUGGCAUUGUUCCUUAUUGACUGGUGGUUAGUUAGAAGGAGAAGACAAAUGGAAGACCAUGCACCAUCUCUUACUGUCAACGAAUUUGUAGGGUCAAUUAUCAGCCUUGAUAAACUAUUCGAAGAAAAACCUCAUAAUCAUAAUGUAGGAGAAGGAGAUGGCACUUCUCCAAAUUCUGAAUUGCCCACGCCAUCGUCAAUUUCGUCGCCCACAGAGCCUACGAAAUCGACGAACUUAGAAGAUACUGGCUCAUCGAAUCAGACUCAAGAUUCGACAGAGACAGGACAUCGUUCGAAAAAUGCAAUGGACGUCGAUGUUCCCGAUACAAGGCAAGCGCCUCUUGCUAUGGAAGAACCGGAUACGGAAGUGAAACCGUUCACCGGUAAAUCAGAUAAGCAUAUACGGAACGUUUAAUGUUUAACUCAUACUAGAGGCUAUGUAAUUGAAUUAUAUCAAAAAGGUGAUAAUGUAAGUCUGUGGCAAAUUGUUUUGAAGUCACAGGUAAUUCAAUAUACAUAGAGAAAGAGAUAUAAUAUGUACAAUGUACGUGCAUUAUUGAUUUGUGCAAUCCUAAAAAAAAAAAGUUAGUGAGGGAAAAUGUUAUGAAUGGCUUUAAAUAAAAGAAAGAAGGUAAUCUGUAUACAUAUAUAUAUAUAUGGUGCUAAUAUACUUUUUUAAAAAAAUCGAGAGACAAAGAAUUAUCUUAUAUCGUUCCGUAUAUCGUCGGGUAUAAAAUUUAAAUUGUGUUGAAGAUAUAAGUAAAUUUUACACAGAUACAUAACAUACAUUUGCACACAUUAUAUAUUCUUACAUACAGGCGAGUCAAAAAUAUUUUUACAAUGGUUAUAUUUGCGUGAAGAAUAUCGUUUAUGAUACGAAAUAAUUUGCCACAGGUUUGUCUCGAUUGUUUGGCUAUUUUUUAGGAACUAAUAUCACUAGAAUGUACAUUUUUAUGGUGAUGCGAUAUAUAUGUCAAUAAUAGGAAUGUAAUAGGUGAAAAAAAAUAUUUAGACUCGUUUCAGACAGACAUCUUGUAACUUGAUUUCAAAGAUUUUCUUUGUCUGAAACGAGAUUUUUUUGCCAUUAGGAAACGAGCCUUGCGUGGUUAAAAAGAAAGGAAAAAAAGGAAGAAAGGCCAAUAAGGACAAAACUGUAAAUAUAAAAAUUCCUGCCUUAAGAAAUACAAGACUAGACAAACGUAUAUUUAAAGAUAAUUAAAUGAUAGAGUUAAUGAUCUAUAAUGAAUAAUAUCAUUAUAAUUGCAGAUUGAGAGCUGCGAUUUAUUUUAUAACUAGUGAUUAGGCUUUCUCAGAAAUAAAAAAAAAAAAGUAGUCAAUUUAACUUAGUGAUGUAAAGAAAAAUAACAAAUGGAUUAAGAAUCCAUAGCGUUGAUUUGUUUAUAAAAUUAUUUUAACAUUUUGCAAUAGUUUUAUUCCUUUCUUUUUCUUUUUUGCAAAAAAAAAAAAAUACUCUCUUAUGCAAAAAAAAAUCACGCUUUUAACAAGGCGGCACCUUGAUCUCUGAUGUUUUUUCUUCUAAAUAUUAUUAUAUCGAUAAUGCAAUAUUUUAAGAGCUUUCAAAAACAAUCUUAGCAUUAAUUUAAAAAGAAAAAGAAAAAUAAAAAAGAAGACGCAUUUGUGCGAUUUUUUUCAUUAUAACGUGUGCGUUACUUCUUAUCAUAUUCUAUAGAAUGAAUUAUAUAAAAUGAAUUAUGCUUCCAAGCAAUGAAAGAAAAAUAAAAAAACUUAUAAAUUUUUGAUUAAUGAAUAUUAAUGAAAUAAAAUGGUUGGUCAAUUGGGAUUAAUUAUAUAACAUUGAAAUAUGUCUUGAACAAGUUUUGGCUUAUUAAAUACAGUUUGCUCACUUGUUGUUAGGAAGAAGUCUACUUGUUUUGUACCUGAAAGCAUCUCUUACCCAAUUUCGAUAUAACAAAAGAAAAAAAAAGAGAUAAGUGCAAAAAAACAAAAAGAAAGAAAGAAGUAUAUAAAACUUACUCAGGAAAAGAAAUUUUAUAGAGUGUUAAAGGCACUUUUGACACAAUCGAAAAAAGCUAUAAAUAAUAAUGAAUAUCUCUCAGUGCAAAAUUAACGAAAUUUUAGCCUAAGAAAUUAAAAAAAAAAAAAAAAAAGAGAAGGAUAUAAAAUUACUCAUCUCAAGCUCAAUUUCUUUUAAAAAAUAAUGAUACAAGAGAAAAGAAAAAAUUAAUUAAGAAAAUUUUACGGAAAAACAUUUUAAUAAAUAACAAUAUUAUUAUAGGGACAACAAUGUCGUUUGCACGAAUCUAUCAUUUAAAACUGUCUUUCCCUUCGCUUCGGGUACGAAACCGUUUUAUAUAUACUUCUAUAAAAUACUUCUAUAAAAUUCAAAUUAAAAAUGAAAACAAAAGAUAUAAUGUUAAUUUUACACAAUCUCAGAAAAAAAUAAAAUAAAAAAAUAUCAAUAGUAUUAUGGUGACAUCAUCAUUUACUUACGUUAAUGCAACAUACUUAUCUAUGUAUCUCGCACGCUGUUUGGCCCGUCACUGUCAAUUUUUCAAAGUGUAGUUACACAUUACCCCUAUACAUAUAUACAUACACACAUAUGUUAUAUUUUAGAGGCAAUUUUGAUGUUUGUGAACCGUUUGAACCAUUCGGUGAAUUCGAUCGUUCGAAAUGUUCUUGAGGCCGUGAUGAUCUCUCUCCUAACUAACGAUUAAUUAUUACGAAGCAUUUACGUAUUAACUAUACCUACUUUGUGAUAUAAAUCUUUGUAUCGAACGAUGGUGUUUGUCGAAUGGAUUUCUUGUAUACAUGAGAAAUACAAAACAAAAAGGAAAAAAGUGCUGUGAAUAGAAAGAAAUAAAAAAGAUGAAUAAAAAAAAGAAGGAACAGAAGAAAAAUAUAGAGACAAAAAGGUUAGAAAAAAGAACAAGUUACACAGGUAAAAUCAAAUUCAAUUCAAUUUACAUGUUCAUCGAGAAUGAUAAAUAAGAAUUUGUUAACAGGAAGAAAUUAAUGAUUGCAUCCACCAAAAUAACUACAAUUGUAUAUAGAGAAUUAUAAUAGUUAAAACGAUUUAUAAUGAGCAAUUGAGGAAAAAGAAAACUACAUGAUUAUGUGUAUUAUAAUUAUAUAUAUAUAUAAAUAUAUACGAUUUAAUAGAAUUUUAUGGUGAUCGCUAUCGAUGCGAUAAUGUUCUGUUUCUAAUCAAAUGCGACGUUUUGUACCAUUUGUGGCAAAAAUAUUUAAGAAAGAAACGAACAAUUGAGCGCGUGACCCGCACAAUUUUUCCAUCGUGUUACUUAAAUAUUUUUACAAAAGCCUUUCUCGCAUAUUAUAUUUAUGACGAAUCUUGUAUUCUUAGAUUUUUUCUUUUUUGUUUUCUUUUGAUUGAUUGUUUAACUCCUUGCCUUUUUAUUCUUUCGAACACUAUAUAUUAAAGUUUAGUCAUAAUUAACAUAUCAUUUCUUUAAAGAAUUCUUCAAAAAAACUAACAUUAGAAAUAUUAAAUCUGUUUUGAUUACUAGA